AUGUCCUUGUGCCAGGUCUGCAGCAGCCAACCUUUUAAAUACCGUUGCCCUGCUUGUGACCUUCAGAGUUGUUCUUUAAAUUGCUCACAAGCGCACAAGCCAAAUUGCAACCCAAGACCAGUGCAGUCACUCCAAACAAAUUACGCCCAGAAUGAAAUUUCUACUGCGGGAUCAGUUGGCGAAACAAGAGAGAUAAGCCAGGACAGUGGUAUUGCAACAAUGGAGGAUGCUCCGUCGAAUUCUCUCAGAAUAAAUUCGGGGUUCGCGCAGCUGGGGAAAUCGCAGGGGCUACAGGAAUUGUUCAACCAGCAUCCAACCCUACGUUCUCGUCUACGUGAUAUUCAUAGAAUCACUCUCGAGGAAGAAUGGAUAGAGAUGGGACGUUCGAUCCAAAGUCGCAGUCGCGGCCGCGGUAGAGAUGGAUAUGGGCAAAGAUCAAUGAAUAGGGGCCCGUGGACUGUCGAAAAAGGGUUCAAAAGAGGCCUGGGACGAGUUCGGAAAUGGAGAGAAAGCUGUGAAGCUGGUUCUGGGGGCGCUGAUGGAGCGGCAUUUAUGAGAUUUAUUGCUUUGGUAUUAGGCGAGGAUGGAGCACAGCCGAACCGCCAUCUGACAGGAGACUUCACAUGA